AUGGCAGAACCUAUAAGUCUUGCGUCUGGGUUAUUAGCUCUCGCCACUUUCGCCUUCCAGUCGAGCGUUAGCCUCUACGACACGGUCAAAAGCUUUCAUUCGCAUCCAACACGCGUGCGUCAGCUGAUAGAAGAGCUUGAAGCCUUAAGUGGGGUUCUGGGACCGCUUGUCGAUAGGGUCCAGGCCACUAAUGAUACAGAUCUCUCUGCGCUCAAUCUUCCUCUACUAAGUUGCGGCAAGGCAUGCAAGCUCUUUCAAAAAGAAAUUAUGAAAUGUGCUGGACGGUCUAGUGCUACUCGAACCAGCUUUCGCGAUUGGGCAAAGUUGAAGUACAUGGGUGAUGACGUAGAUGGUUUCAGGAGAGUAUUAGCAGCAUAUAAGUCGACCAUUACCAUUGCUCUAACGGACGCAAACCUUCAAAAAUCCACGGUUACGGCGGAAACCCUUAAGAAUUAUGAAAGUCUCAUCAAGACCGCAAAGGAAGAUCUCGAGGAUCAUCUUGCAGCUAUUGACGAGAAGUUAGAGUUUAUGCUAAGAAAGGCCGUAACAGGAUCUGAUGAAGACUCGUUGGAACUUCAACGAAUAAAAGAAGAGCGGCUGAGCGCGGAGAAAUGCCUUCAAAUAUGCGACCAACUGUCUGAUCAUAUCAGUCAGAUUCAGAUCUCACCCGCUAGCAAUGACUCUACUAGUCCUUAUGACCCCGGCGCAUUUCCCGAAAGGCUCACCAGUGCGGCUUUGCAGGAAUGCAAAAGUAGCCUCGAGCAUACAUCCGCAAAGUUACACAAGCACAUACACAGUCUAAUUGAUCGAUUAAUAGUGAAAUCGGCAUCGGGAACGACGUCACAGGAGGAUUUGACGGAUCUUGCCAGGCUGCGAGAUGAAUGGGAAAUGACUCGCCAGUGUAUUGAUAUCUGCUCCAAAGCAGAUAACCAUUUCAAAGAAACCAUCACAACAGUGGACAAUUACGCCACGGGCGAUGCCGUACAGUUCAUGGUCUCAACUGAUGGGCAGGUCAUCCACGGGAGAAAUCACGGACUUGGGUGGAGGUCAAGACAGGUUGGAGGGCACCUUAACGACACCUCUCUACAGCAGUUGUCCAGAGAUUUUACGACUAUAAAUAUCCACCAUACUACGAAUACCGACUCAUCCUCGCCCAAGAAUACACCUGCAACUGCGGACGAUACGGCCUCGAGUGAAUCCGCUUCAGAAUUUGAUAGACGAUAUGGGCGAGGAUCUCAACUCACCCCAAAAUCUGCUCCGAACAUAACUACAUCUUGGAAGAGCUCGAUGGAAAGCGGGCUUGGUCGAGCAUCGAAGAGCUAGCCAGCUUGUUAGCUUUUGAAAUCGUUUCUCAUUCUGCACCAGAACUUCACUGCCGCGCAAAUGGUCCGCUGAUUGCAGUCAUACGAAAUGCAGCUUGGAAUCUACAUUAUUUGUCCGACAAUCUAAUAUGCGACAACGUCAUUGUAAGGUGUAAGUCCAGGUGAUGUCUAGGAUAGAUAUCCUGAGACACAGAAACUUGAAGGCGUCAAGUUUAUCGAGUUGGACUGGGUUGGGUUGAAUUCAUCCAAAGCCUGGACUAGCCGCCUUAGCUGGAUCUCUGGGUCCCGUUCAGGCUAUAUGCUUCGUUUGAUGUUUGCGAAGCCUACAGAGUACUGAGCUAGAUGGGUGUGAAUAGAUUGUUCUUCUGAGUUACUCGGCAAGAAUUUGCUAAUGAUGGAUGCUAUAAUGAUGUAGAAUAGCUAACAUAUGCGACGAAGC